UGCCCUGUCUGGGGAGUGGCGCAGCCGGUGCAGGAAACAAUGGCUUCUGCCCCAUCUGUGAAUGUGGAUAGCCUUCGAGAAGUGCUUGAGUGCCCCAUAUGUAUGGAGACAUACACUGAAGAACAGUUGAGGCCAAAACUCUUACAGUGUGGGCAUACCACAUGUAAGCAAUGUCUUGACAAGCUUUUAGCCAACGCUAUUAAUGGAGUGCGCUGCCCUUUCUGUAGUCGGGUAACGCGAGUGACAGGUUCAUCCCAGCUGACUGAUAACUUGACAAUUUUGAAAAUCAUGAACACUGCAGAACUGGGCCAAGCUGUCUCAGGAUUAAUGUGCAGGACGUGCAACCAAAGGCUGCCACGGAGGUACUGCAGAAGUUGUGCUUUAGUGAUCUGUGACAUAUGCGGAGAAGCAGAGCAUCAUCCUCCAGAACACAUUGUACUUUCGAUGGCCGACGCCGCAAAUGAGCGUCGACAGAACAUUCAAGAAAAGCUUAAAAGUUUUAAACAGUCCAUUCAGGACCUGCACAAGAGAAAAGCCUCACUAGACAGCCUUUCCUCCCAUGUAAAGUGCAAGUACAAAUUAGUUAUGCAAGAUUACAGUAAAGAAGAAAUCAAUGUACAGGAGGAGUUAGCGCGUUCACGCAAGCAUUUUACAUCUUCCUUGUAUGAGGUUGAAAAAUUAAACGAUCAGGUGAUGGAUGAGCAAGCUUACCUUCUCAACAUAGCUGAAGUACAGAUUAUAUCAAGGUGUGACUACCUUAUGCUAAAGAUGAAACAGUCAGAUUUAGCUCUUUUGGAAGAGUCUGUGGAGGAAGAUGAACCCAACAUGGUAGCUAAUUUACCACAAAACCUUACACUACAAGACGUAGAGUUUCUCAAGGUAGGACAUGUUGGUCCUGUACAGGUAGGUCAAGUGAUCAAGAAGCCUUACAAUGUGAAUUUAGAUAACCCUAACCCAGAUGAGUUUCCAAUGGCAUUGAGCAAUGACAUUGAGGCAUUGGCAGAAGAUCUGAGCCAUGUUCAGCCAUGUACAUCAACUCCCAUUACCCAACUUGUAGAUACUGCAUGUAGCUUACAGCAAUGUCAGUUUCUGAGGAAGAUGGGAUCUAAAGGUAAUAUGCCAGGAAUGUUUAACCUACCUGUCAGUAUCCAUGUUACAGCACCAGGGGAGGUACUUGUUGCUGACAGAGGUAACUGCAGGAUUCAGGUUUUCAACAGAAAAGGCUUUUUGAGAGAAAUAAGACGAAGUCCUACUGGAAUAGACACUUUUGUGCUAAGCUUCCUUGGUGCAGAUCUUCCUAACUUGAUUCCAUUGUCAGUAACUAUGAACUGCCAUGGACUAAUAGGUGUGACAGAUAAUUAUGAUAACUCUGUAAAGGUAUAUACAAUGGAAGGACACUGUAUUGCCUGCCAUAGAAGUCAACUAAGCAAACCAUGGGGAAUUGCUGCCAUGCCUUCUGGUCAGUUUGUGGUAACUGAUGUGGAAGGUGGAAAGCUGUGGUGUCUGACUGUAGACCGGAGCCUUGGAGUUGUCAAAUACAGUCGACUUUGUAGUGCUGUGCGGCCAAAGUUUGUAACAUGUGACCAGCAAGGGACUGUAUACUUCACUCAAGGACUCGGCCUGAACUUGGAAAACCGUCAGUAUGAGCAUAAUCUUGAAGGAGGUUUUUCCAUUGGCUCAGUGGGAGCUGAUGGGCAACUGGGUCGUCAAAUCAGCCACUUCUUCUCCGAGAACGAGGACUUCCGUUGUAUUGCAGGAAUGUGUGUUGGGGCACGGGGAGAUUUAAUUGUGGCAGAUAGUGGACGGAAGGAAAUUCUUCAUUUUCCUAAAAGCGGCGGGUACAGUGUCUUAAUCAAAGAGGGCUUGACCUGUCCUGUUGGAGUUUCUAUAACUCCUAAGGGGCAGCUUUUAGUGUUGGAUUGUUGGGAUCAUUGUAUUAAAAUCUACAGUUACCACACACGCAGGUAUUCCUCACCUUGAAACAAACUGACUUAGAUCCCGGAGUCUUUGCUUUGGCAAUAUGCUUUCAUGCACUUUAAAAAGAAAAGUGCAAUCUAUGCACCACUCAGCAUUUUCCAUUCCACCGAAGAAACCUACUCAAAAGGAACAGACAUUGUAACCAUAUAACCACCGAUGGAUGCAGAAUGCUGAAAAUAAAGCUUGUAACAUACAGCAAAGGCUUUAAGGUGUUCAAUGUUCUUGUCUUUAUUGUAAGGAGUAUUGCGCCAACCUUAUAUCCUAGUUUCCAGUAUCAGCCCUUAUCAUAUCAGCUAUUCUUUCUGUAUCCACUGCUAACACAGAGGAAAAGGAGCAGCUCUAAAACCGUCCACGGCCUGGUUUGGCCUUUGUUCCAGGCAUAAAGGAAGCGCCUGCAAGUAUUAUGGACUGAAUUUUCCAGCGACUCAAAUCCCAAUGUGAUGUAUGUGGAGAGUUAGCAUUCUGCGCACUUUGUAGAGAAAAAUGUGUAUGACUGGGUUCACUCUGCACGGUUGCCACUCUUUCCAAAGCCAAAAACUGGAUUAUAUUCUAAAGAGAUGAGCAUGUCAUUUUAACAUGUGGCUUCCAAGCAAUGUUUACCUGGCCUUGUGGUAGAACUAGCAGCCGUGCUCUAAUCUGUUAUUGCUAUUCUGUAUGUGAAAAAUUAACAAAGCAGCUGCUGUGCGAGUUGUGAAACCUUCUACGUGCUUCGUUUUUUAUGCAGAUCGGUUAGUAAAUAUUUUUGACGUGUCAGGCUGGGUUGCUUAAUAUAUCUAAACAUGACAAGAGAGGCGCAUUUGAUAUGUGACAAUAAAGGAACACUAAACGUAGAAAAUUCACUAAAAAGAUUUGCAGCAAUUCCUUCCUAAUCCAUUUUCCUUUGAUCCUAUUUUAUUUCAUUUUUCAAUUUAAACUGAGAAAUGUAAGGAAAUCUUCACUAUGGCCCUGAUUUGUCAAGGCCAGCGUGUGCCACGGCGGUUUUCUAGGGGCCUGUGCUGUUGGAGGAGGCAUGUAAUUUAAGAGCUGGUUUCAUCAUAAUUUACUUGCCUUCUCCAGCUCUCUGUGCACCAGACUGAAAUCUACAGCAGCUCGGAGCUGCCUUUAGAUUUCAGUCAUUAGUUAACCAGUUUCUAGUGUAAAUAAUAAUUAAUUAGCCGGCGUCGAUGCCCCUGCCCUUGCUACGCCCACUCAUCGUGAGUGCAUUAAAAAGUUGCAGUGCCAAAAUGAAGUGUAAGGGAGAUGUGGCCAAGAAAAUCAGCCAGAUCACCCCUCCUUCUCCUCACUGUCCUCUGUCUGGUUGUGAGACAGCUGGCUGCAGCAAGAGCCUCAACCUUCGUAUCUGACUGCAAUAGAGCAAAAAGAUAAAAUAACUAAAGUACUUUGUGGUAUUUGAGGAUGCGGGAUAUGUGGCAACCCCUACAAACUCUGAUGAAUACGGUGUCCUCCAGCUGUUUCUGACAAUCCCAAGUAUCAGAAACGUUGAGUUGUAUAGUGACAAAUUGUGGAAAUAUUGAAGUUCAUGUGGCCUUACUGUAAUACCGGAUGCCUCCAAUUUUAUACAGAGAAACUUGCUUCUAGGAGUGAAUACCUCUGUAUGCAUCCAUACAGGCUUUGUGCAGAUGGCUCUUUGGUGCAUGACACUCCGCUUAAGGACCCUACAGUUGCCUUUGGGCCAAUGUACAGAAAUAUAAACGUGAUAUACUGUACUAAAGGGGUUCUCUGGGAAUCAAGAAAUUACAGUACUUAAAUAUUACUUUAUUAUAUAAGUAUAUUCCCAAAUACCUUUCAUUGUUUAUAAUGGCU